GUUGGUCUUAUCAUGCCAUGCGACAAACAAGUUUGGUCGGACUAAGAAGUAAGAACCAGGAGAUACCAUUUUUUUUUUUCUGAAAUCUGAGUCGGUUCGUUUGGUUUGGGAGAAAGACGUUUCUUGUUCCGAUCACAAUUAUUAAUAUUUAAUUUUAUAAUUAUUAUUGUUUUCACAUCUUAAAUCAUCAUAGUCAUAAGAGUCAUCAAAUCUUAAUCCUCUAAUUCAGAAUCAUAAUAAGAAUCCUCAGCUGAAGUUGCAGCAGCUCCAAACAUGGGGUCACUCAAGAACGACGAAAAUCCUCAGCUUCAAACAUCGAAGGUGUCUUACGAACCUCUUCUCUACGUUAACGGAGUUCGAAGGGUGUUACCUGAUGGAUUAGCUCAUUUGACCCUUCUUGAGUAUCUCAGAGGUAUAGGCCUCACUGGAACUAAACUAGGCUGUGGUGAGGGUGGUUGUGGAGCUUGCACGGUUAUGGUUUCUUCUUAUGAUGAAAAAUCGAGGAAAUGCUUACACUAUGCUAUCAAUGCUUGCUUAGCACCUCUAUAUUCUGUAGAAGGAAUGCAUGUGAUUACAGUGGAAGGAUUGGGAAGCUGCAAGAGAGGUUUGCAUCCUGUCCAGGAAUCAAUGGCACAAGCUCAUGGUUCACAAUGUGGAUUUUGUACACCUGGUUUUGUUAUGUCCAUGUAUGCAUUAUUGCGGUCAAGUCAAACCCCGCCUAGUGAAGAGCAAAUCGAAGAAUGUCUUGCUGGAAAUUUAUGCCGGUGCACUGGUUACCGACCAAUAGUUGAUGCAUUCCGUGUCUUUGCCAAAACUAACGAUAUGUUAUAUACUGGGAUUUCUUCUGUGAGCCCUGAAGAAGCUAAGUCUAUUUGCCCUUCAACUGGAAAGCCCUGCUCUUGCAAUUCAAACAAUGUGAAUGAUAAAUGUGUAGUGGGUGAUAAUAGAUAUAAAGCUACUUCCUAUGAUGAAGUAGAUGGGACCAAAUAUACAGAAAAGGAACUUAUUUUUCCACCUGAGCUUCUGUUAAGGACAGCAACCCCUUUGAGUUUGACUGGAUUUGGUGGGUUAAUGUGGUAUAGGCCUUUAACACUUCAACAUGCAUUGGAUUUAAAAGCCAAAUAUCCUGAUGCUAAGUUGAUAGUUGGUAAUUCUGAGGUAGGAAUUGAGAUGAGACUGAAGAGACUACAAUAUCGGGUUCUGGUGUCUGUAACACAUGUCCCAGAACUAAAUGUUUUGAAUGUAAAGGAUGAUGGAUUAGAGAUAGGUGCUGCAGUAAGGCUAUCUGAUCUCUUGAGUGUUUUAAGAAAGGUUGUAACUGAGCGAGAUGUUCAUGAAACAUCAUCUUGUAGGGCCUUAAUUGAGCAAUUGAAAUGGUUUGCUGGAACACAAAUACGAAAUGCUGCAUCAAUUGGGGGGAAUAUAUGUACCGCGAGUCCAAUAUCAGACUUAAAUCCUCUCUGGAUGGCAGUUGGAGCAAACUUUCGAAUUAUUGAUUCCAAAGGGAACAGUAGGACAACAUUGGCUGAAAAUUUCUUCUUGGGAUAUCGUAAGGUGGAUUUGGCAAGCAGUGAAAUCUUGCUGUCAGUAUUCCUACCGUGGAAUAAGAGAUUCGAAUAUGUGAAGGAAUUUAAACAGUCUCAUAGAAGGGAUGAUGAUAUUGCAAUUGUAAAUGCGGGUUUGCGCAUUCAUCUACAAGAAACUAGCGAAAUCUGGGUGGUUGCUGAUGCAUCAAUUGCUUAUGGUGGGGUGGCGCCAUGUUCACUUUCUGCUAAAAAAACUAAGGACUUUCUCAUUGGGAAGGUUUGGGAUCAAAAUCUAUUACAAGAUGCAUUGAAAGUCCUACAAAAUGAUAUAAUACUUAAAGAGGAUGCUCCUGGCGGAAUGGUUGAGUUCCGGAAAUCUUUGACUCUAAGUUUCUUUUUUAAAUUUUUUCUUUGGGUGUCUCAUCAACUGGAUGGUGUGAAAGAGUCGAUACCGGCAUCUCAUCUGUCUGCCAUGCAGCCAGUCCACCGCCCAACAAUUACAGGAUCUCAGGACUAUGAAAUCAUGAAACAUGGGACAUCUGUGGGUUCUCCUGAGGUUCAUCUAUCUGCAAAACUUCAGGUUACAGGAGAAGCAGAAUAUGCUGACGACAUACAAUUGCCUCUGAAUGGAUUGCAUGCAGCCUUAGUUUUGAGUAGAAAACCCCAUGCCCGGAUACUUUCAAUUGAUGGUUCAGAGGCCAUGUCUUCACCUGGAUUUGUGGGUUUGUUUCUGGCCAAAGAUGUACCAGCUGAUAAUAAAAUUGGGCCUGUUGUUUAUGAUGAAGAGCUUUUUGCCACAGAUUAUGUAACCUGUGUGGGUCAGGUUAUUGGAGUAGUGGUGGCUGAUACACAUGAAAAUGCAAAGACAGCAGCAAGAAAAGUUAACGUCAAGUAUGAAGAUCUACCAGCCAUCCUGUCAAUAAAAGAGGCCAUCAAUGCUGGAAGUUUUCACCCCAAUACAGAGAAGUGUCUGAUUAAAGGUGAUGUAGAUCAAUGUUUUCAGUCAGGUCAGUGUGACAGAAUAAUUGAAGGGGAAGUUCACAUUGGAGGUCAGGAACACUUCUAUCUUGAGCCACAUAGCAGUUUGGUGUGGACAUUGGAUGGUGGAAAUGAAGUUCAUAUGAUAUCAUCUACUCAG